AGGUAAAAGGACCUCUAGAGCAAGUCAUCUCGAGUCCAAACGGUAGAUGUUUUAUCCAACAUAAAAUAGUCUCAUCCAGCCCACUUAUCCGCAAAUCAAAUGUAGCCCGUUUUGUAUAUGCAAACUGACUAAAUAAUCUUUUAAGCUAGAAUAUAUAUCCGACACUUUUCAUGAAAAUCUACUCAGCAUACCCAAUAUCAAACAACUUAGGAUUGGAACAUUGCCUAAAUUGUGAGAAAUUACUACUAGAUCCUUAUACUAAGAUAACACCAAACCAGUUCAACAUCAUACAGAAUUAUAGUGCAGGAGUUCUAAGUCAGUCAAACUUGGAACAUCCUCUCAAACUUUAGCCAAACCCCAAAACCUUUUCAUUGUCUUUCCUUUUUGUCAACUUCUAUUUGUUCAGUCAGCACAUCUAUUUGUUUACUAAUUCUGUUUCUUUCACAGAUAAUAGUCCGGCCGGCCAAUCGGGUUGCUCUCACUCAGUCACUCUCCUAUCUGCAACAAUGCGUAUUGUUUUACUACAGAGCCCAAUACCGCCUUCAAUAUUCUAUUCUAUUAUUUUCUUCACCCACCAGCACAAAAUCAGUUAGUUCUCAUAAUUAAUUUUCUUCUACUUUAUUUACAUAACUGAAUUCUUUUACAAAAUAACAGAAAUGGUUGGUGUUGUACUAGCUGCUCUUCUAUUUCAUGUUAUGCCUUGUUUAUCUCAGGAUGGCAGCUCUUUCAGUCUUUCUUACAAUGGGGGGAACAUCUUGACACAACCGGUGACUAUCUCUCUGAUAUGGGUCAGUACUGAUUGGCAUGAAUCGAGCCAAGAAGCUAUACGAAAUUCAAUUACUUCUUUAACCCAAUCGCGGUAUGAUCAAGUUAGUGGUUCCGACGUACCAACUUUAGGAAACUGGUGGGAGAUCAUUAGACAGUACACAGACGGUUCAAAUUCUCCUGUGACUGACAAAGUAGAUGUUGGCUCCGAGUGUUUCUACAUUGGUCCUCACCUCGACAUGACUCUAGACCAAGUGGUUGGAAUUGGGAGAUCAGUCUUCAACAAGACCUCCAUUGAUGAGUUUGGAGGGAACUUAACUUGUACUGGAGUUUUCGAAGUAAAUGACAGGACUAUCUAUCAUGUUCUGUUCUCUCACUCAGUAAAUUUUCAACAUGGAGAGAACCAGAGGAAACUGAUGGAGUUGUGUAGGGGGGAUUUUGCAGUCCCAGUCUCUGCUGAUGUGGAUGUGAAAAUGGCAUGGGCUAGAGCCCCUCAAAACCCCAAUGACCAGUGCUCGACGUUUUUUCGCGGAGAUUAUUACUUGGGACCGCCUAAUGGCGAUGAGAAGAUUGAUAGCUUAGUGGGUUAUAUACUGAGUAACAUCGCCGAGAAGGUUACAAAUCGCGAUGGAAGAGGGUGGGUUGGCAACGAUGGAAGUGACCAGACAGUUAGUUCUUCCUGUGCUGCUUUGUUUCCAGGAGAGAGAGCCGGUCCACCUCUUUUCAUGGAUAUGGAGAGGAAUGUUAGCUUCAAUGUAGUUGGCUUGAAUGGCUAUAGAUACAUGGUGCAAUACAUUUGGGAUCAAAAAAUCAAGAAUUGUGCCCUAAAACCCUCAGAAAUCUGUGGAACUAACGCACUUACUUUCAAGCAGCCAAAAGGGUAUUUGAGUACAGGGAUCGUAGCGAAUCACACCACCGGUUUGCAGCCAUACCCACCAAAUCAGAAGUGUCGGUGGAAAAUCCAGUACCUGACUGCAAAGUUCAUUGGAUUUACUAUCAACUACCUCUCACUUGCAGCAGACACCUAUGAUCAACUCAAAAUCUGCCAAUCUGAUUCAGGCCCUGCACAAUGCUCAAUUUUUCACUCAAAUGGUGAAAACUUCAACAAGAACUUCAAGAUAACUGGUUCAAAAGCUUACGUUGAGUUCACAAGUGGUGAAUCUGUAUCAUCAUUCGAGUCAACAGGAUGGGAGCUCACUUACUCUGCAGGACUAUGCAGCGGAAAGGAAGAUGUUUCUGACCAAAAAGGCAUUAUCGGCUACUCUCCAUCUGCUGGUUAUUCCUAUGCAGAAGGACUAAGUUGCCAAUGGAUCCUCCAUGGCAAAGCAGGAACACCGGUUACUUUGAGCUUCACUCACAUCAACAUCUCAAAAGACUUCGAUUUCCUUGCUAUAAACAAUGACAGAAUGCAACAAGUAGCUAACUUUUCUGGGAUUUACUCGGGUUCUGAUCUCCCACAACUGAACUUAACCGGUGAAGUCACAAUUGAAUUUGCCACUCAAACAGGUACCGGUGAAGGUUGGUCAGCCAACUUCUACAUAUCUUCCCCGGUUGAUCAGAACAGAAAAGCAUUCCUCGUAGUGAUAGUUAUCGUUCUAGGAUUUGUUGCGAUAAGCGUUUCUCUGGCUUUAGUUGCACUAGCAUUGAUCAAGAGUAGAAAGUAUGAACCCCACGGGAUGGACUUGAAUGAGAAUUGUAUGUUAAUGAGAGCAGAGGUGAGUCAGGAGGGGGGUCAAAUUGGGGAAGGACCUUCUUCAAUUGUUUACAGAGCUGUUUCAACAGAUGGGAUAUCCAUAGCCAUCAAAUCUCCCAAACAACCAACUUCAGGGAAAAGACUAGAAGAAGAGAUCCUGAUCAAGGCUUCAUCUCACCCAAACAUCAUUUCCUUAGUGGGGUACGGUGAAGAUGGUACUCGAGGGCGAUAUUUGGUAUUUGAAUUCAUGGAUAGGGGGAGUUUGAGCCGGAACUUGAAAGAAAGAGGCGAAAUGCUUGAUUGGGAGAAGAGGUUAGCAAUAGCAUUACAAAUUUCCUCUGCAAUUCAAAUGCUGCACAUGUACUUAAGACCACCAAUAUAUCAUGGGAACAUAAGUAGUGAAAACAUUCUUCUUGACGAGGACUACAAUGCAAAGUUGGGAGGUUUCGGGGCUUCAAAAUAUUGCACGAAUGAGGGGUUGAAUCCCGAAAUGCCAUCAGAGAUGGAUGAAGAUAUUCGGAGUUUUGGGUUAUUGCUAGUUGAGCUUCUCAAAGGGGAGCCUAUUUUCAAUGGAAAUGAGAGUUGUGAAUUUUUGCGGAAUUUUGAAGGGAGUGAUGAGGUUCUAGGACGCGGUCAAGAGUGGCUUGAUCCACGUUUGAGUAUUCCCGGGGAAGAAUGGAAGGUCAUGGGUCUAGCAAAAUUGGGUGAAAUAGCGAAAUGGUGCAUUGGUGGCGGCGGUGGCGGCGGCAGCUGGAGAGUUGGGAUGGAUGGGAAUAGGCCUAAGAUUGGUGAUCUUGUUUCAGGUUUGGAACAAGUGAAGCAAUUGUUUUGUUGUUCUUCAGGCCAAGGGUAAGAUCUGGGGAGAAACAGAAGUUGAGGUGUGAAACAUUUGAAGAUAAAGGUACUAAACAUUUGUGUGGAUUUGUAUACUCCUGUAAGUUUAAAUAAAACUUUGUGGUGAAAGUGAGUAAUGAUGGAACUACAUGCAACAUGUAUUUUGUAAUCCAUGGAGUGUUAAAUCAAUGGGUUAAAAGUGGCAAUAUAAAUGCAAAAUGGUAGGAUCAAUAAGAAAUACAUAAAUUAAUUACAAA